AUGUCCUUUUCCAACGGCGGUGGCGGCACUAUGGCGUUGCCCUCGCCCACCCACGUUCAUCACAUGGACCCAACCUCUGUUCGCAACCUUCGACGGUCCAUGUCACGAUCCCCUACGAAGCUUUUCGCACGAACAAACUCUCAAGGUUCUGGUAGCACGCGUCAUAGUUCACUGUCUCCGGGUCGACGGCCCGCUACAACACCGCUCCAACAACGCCCAGUGCUGAACCCUCCUUCGUCAGCUCCGCCAGCUGUCGGCUCAUCAAUCCUCGCCAGCGCCCCGCAUCUAUCGCCUGCGCAGACACCCCUUCGGCCAGGCGUUAAGCUCUCGCUCCGAUCCGCCAAAAGCACAAAAACGGUACCUCCUUCGCGCAUCACCCGAACACGAGCGUCCCCAAGGAGCCCGUUGAAACGCGCGUUGAGCGCCACUCCCGACUCUGGAAACUCUACUUCCUCACGCUCGCCCCCAUCUUCUCCCAGACCUAGAUUUGCAGGGCAGGAAAACAACAACAAUAACCACAACAUCGACAAUACGCCCAGCCGCUCUACUCUGCGCAAAGCUAUCGACAGAUCGACUCGACAUAGUGUGCAAUUUGAUCUUACAGAACCUUCUCAAUUUUCAUUUUUGAAGGCGUUGGGUUCAGUGAGCGACUACCCCAUGAUUCCGACAACAGGCGCUUUGAAGCGCAGCGACGCAACAAUGAACUUGGACCGGUCAAACAAAGGCAGCCCGGUGGCCAAGCGACGAAGUUUGCACGGCAUUACAAGUUCUACGCAGACAGAGGAUCUCAACAUCUUCGGUUCGAGCGCAUCGCCGCCUAGCGCCUUUGAUAUACAUGAAGAUGCAUUUCCUGAGUAUGAGCUGUCGGGCAUCGCGGGACCUGCUUUUCACCGCGAUCACCUGGCAUCUCCUUCUCCCGCGUCAAACAUUCCGAAACGAUCUUCAUCUCUCCGGAGAUCAACGCUGCAGCAGCGCUACGGCGAAAAGACGUCUUGGGGGAAACAGUCUGGUGAGCGACAGCUUUCGCAGCUUGGCAGUGAAUUUUCAACGCCUGUUAGACGCCGGCCGCGACUUUCUACUGACUCUUUUGUGCCUCCGACAGCGGUUCGUGAGAAUCCCUUUGCGCCUAGCGCGACCGUUUCCAAGACGGAAAGCAAAGAUCACCAACCUCACCCGCUGUCCAAGACCCUGACAACCUCCACAUCUGGCAACAGCUUGACUGAGGAGCAAUCAUUCUAUGCCCCUGCAAAGGUCGCCCAGAAACCGCAUCCAUUUUCAAGGUCUCUGCCCCCUGGUGCUACUCGUCCCACUGCGCGAUCUUUCAACGAGCAUAGGGCCUCAAUAGCAACGCCAAACCAGUCUCACCAGCUUUGGAUCGGCGCUUUCAGCUCCACUGGCCUCAUUUCCAAAGUCAACCGAAACCCAGAGGAAGAGGCUGACAAGAAGAUGGCUCCCCCUGAUACGCCGUGCAAAAAACACACAAACCCAUUCGCGACCUUUCCACCGCCCUCUAGUUCAGGAAAGAAGAGAGGAAGCUAUCGUAACUCGUUUGGCGGCGUUCCCUCUACCCCAUUUAACCCCAUCUUAGGUCGUGCCCCUGAUACCUAUGGCAACCCUUCAAAAGGCCUGUCCAUUUUCCAACGCAGCAGUGCUCUGGGCACCCGCCGUGGAAGCAUCCUUAGCGUCGACGGUGACGACCGGAAACUGUUUGCUGAUGGUGCCGACUUUGCAACCUCCAUUGAAGGCGAUGCCCCUCCCACUCCUACCAAAAACCUCCUAACGCCAAGCUUCAGCGGCCUGAGCAGCCUUAGUGAAAGUUCUCAGGAAAGCCCAAGCGCCAACCGAUCGUUUUUGUCAUCAACAGUCAAGGGAACACCACCGCGACCACGAGAACCAAGCUCGAGCCCUGCCGAUGGACGACGCACUCCUCAGACCCCCCAGGAAACCUUUCUGCCACUGGAUGCUAGCCGUUUAUCCAUCUCUCGAGCUGGAGAGGGUCGGAGAGAAACAACCAUGCCGCCACCGGUCACACCCACUACAGUCCGAGAUUUCCGAUCGUCUACGAGCAUCUUCGUCACGCCAGUUAAUGGUCGUACCAGCAACCUGGAUGUCGACGCCAGCCUACACUCCAAGUUUGACAAGGUUGAGCAGAUUGGCAAGGGCGAGUUUUCUACAGUAUACCGUGUAACCAAGCAGGACCACCAAAAUGACUUUUCUGCAUCUUCUUUCACCCCGGUUGACAGCCAUACCAAGAGCACUUCCAAGAGCCAGGUCUUUGCUGUCAAGAAGAGCAAGCAGCCGUAUCACGGCCCCAAGGACAGAGACGCCAAACUGCGUGAGGCUCGCAUUCUACAGGCUUUAUCACAUGCUGAACAUGUUGUGCAAUAUAUCGAUGAUUGGGAGCAUAACUUUCACCUUUACAUCCAGACAGAGUUUUGUGAAGAAGGAACCCUGGAUAAAUUUUUGGCCAACAUCGGACAGGUUGGUCGAUUGGAUGAUUUCCGCAUCUAUAAGAUCUUGCAAGAUCUUUGCUUGGGAUUGAAAGAAAUCCACGACGCUGGAUUUAUGCAUCUUGAUAUGAAGCCGGCAAAUAUUCUCAUUACCUUUGAGGGAGUCAUCAAGAUUGGCGACUUCGGACUGGCCCAAGCUGUUUCUGAAGACGUACGGCUAGACGUUGAAGGAGACCGGGAGUACAUGGCCCCUGAAAUGUUGGAAGGCAAAGCCGAUCAGUCUGCUGAUAUCUUUUCCCUUGGUCUUAUGACUCUGGAAACGGCAGCCAAUGUGAUGCUUCCUGACAACGGGCCUACAUGGGUAGCUCUCAGAUCUGGGGAUCUCUCCGAAGUACCUAGUCUGACCUGGACUCCAUCAAUCGAGGUCCAGCGAGAUGCUCUCGGUAACCCGACCGACUCUGUGACGAGCGAUGAUCUCCAGAUCGAGAGAACACGCAGCCCCGGCAAUCUGUUUGGCUCAUUUAAGCGAUCAGAACUUCAGCAGCCUCCCGAGUUUAUGGUUGAGGCCUUCCACCCCAGCUCCCUUGAUUCCAUUGUCAGGUGGAUGACGCAGCAGGACCCUGAAGAGCGGCCACACAUCGAACAAGUCUUGGCAUUGGAAGGCAUGCGGUGGGUGGCAGAGCACCGCAAUGCGCCCGCCAUCGUCUACGAAGGGAACUGGGGCCCCUCGGAGCUGUUCCCCGUCUCCAUCGUCAACGACAGCGACCUCGAAAUGACAGAUGUUUAAAGCUUUCUUCUUCUUUUUG